AUGCUUCAAGCUUCUUCCCGGAGAAUCCUAGCACAGAAAAACAUAGCAUUUUGCUCAAAUAUUCAACGGCGUUAUGCUUCAGUAAACACUGAUUCUAAAAAGUUACUGGACUCUGCCCCUUUCCAUGAUGUGGUUGUCAUUGGUGGCGGCCAUGCUGGUGCUGAGGCCUGUGCUGCAGCAGCUCGUCUCGGAGCAAAGACUCUUCUUGUCACUCCUAAGCUUUCAAAUUUAGGUGUCUGUUCCUGCAACCCAAGUUUUGGCGGCAUAGGAAAAGGUAUUUUGAUUAAAGAAGUAGAUGCUCUCGAUGGCGUGGCUGGCCGCAUCGUCGACAAGGCAGGAAUUCAUUUCCAAGUUCUCAACCGUUCCCGUGGCCCUGCUGUCUGGGGCCCCCGUGCACAAAUUGACCGCAAAAUCUAUCAAAGGGAAAUGGAACUCGAACUUAAAAACUAUCCUAAUCUCCAAAUCAAAGAGGAUGCUGUAGCUGAUAUUUUGAUUGAUCACGAAGCUACUUCGCCCAAUGCUACUCAUGGUAAAGUUAGUGGUGUGGUCCUUGAAUCUGGUCAAAUUAUCUCAACAAACAACGUCGUCAUCACAACUGGUACCUUUCUUUCAGGUGAACUUCAUAUCGGACUAGAAGUUUUCCCUGGUGGCCGUGUCGGUGAAAAGGCUACCUUUGGUCUUUCUCACACUCUUAAAACCGCCGGUUUCCAAAUGGGUCGCCUUAAAACCGGAACCCCACCUCGUUUAGCAAGAGAAUCCAUAAACUUUGAGGGAAUGAUGGUUCAAUACCCAGAUAACCCAGCAACUCCCUUUUCUUAUCUUAAUGAUACUAUUUCACUUGCUGAUGACCAGGUCAACUGCUACAUGACUCGUACAAACCCCUCUUCACACAAAAUUCUCAUGGAUAAUUUUGAUAAGUCCGUCCACAUCCGUGAAACUGUUAAAGGUCCUCGCUACUGUCCUUCUAUUGAAAGUAAAAUUAAAAGAUUUUCUCAUAAGGACAAUCAUCAAAUUUGGCUUGAACCUGAAGGUCUUGACACAAAUAUAAUUUACCCCAAUGGCAUAUCUAUUUCAAUGCCACCUGACAUCCAACUUCAGUUUUUACAGACAAUUAAAGGCCUUGAAAAUGUAAACAUGCUUCAACCAGGUUAUGGCGUGGAAUACGAUUAUGUCGACCCUCGUGAACUUCGACCUUCAUUAGAAACAAAGCGCGUCACAGGUUUAUUCCUUGCUGGCCAGAUUAAUGGUACAACUGGUUACGAAGAAGCUGCCUCUCAAGGUAUUAUUGCCGGUAUUAAUGCAGGCCGUGCUGCUCUUGGAAAGUUACCAUUUAUAAUCAAACGCAGUCAGGGCUACAUUGGUGUGUUGAUUGACGAUCUUGUCACUAUGGGAGUUGAAGAGCCUUACAGAAUGUUUACGUCACGCUCAGAGUUUCGAUUUAUUUUGCGAUCUGAUAAUGCAGACCUGCGUUUAACUCAAAUUGGCCGUGACCUUGGAGUUGUUAGCGAUAAACGCUGGAAUCGUUAUCUUAAGGACACUUCUGAGUACGAUAAAAUUAAAUCUAUACUUUCUUCUGUUUCACUAUCUUCUGCUGAAUGGGCCCGCCGUUUACCAAACUACAAAAUUGCGAACGAUUCGCAACGUCGUUCUGCAUAUGAUAUUUUACGUCUUAAAGAAGUUUCACCUUCAGAUCUUGCACUCCACAUUCCUAAUGGUGCUCUUGCACAAUUUUCUUCUCGCGUUCUUCAAAAAGCUGAUAUUGAUGCAAAAUACGCACCUUAUAUUAAGCGCGAAGCUAACCUCAUUCGAGCAUUUGAAUCUGAUGAAAACCUUGCUAUCCCUGAAAACUUUGACUAUUCUGUACUGGGUAGUCUUUCCAAUGAAUCUAGAGCUCUACUUGAAAAGGUUAGGCCCGAAACUCUUGGUCAAGCCCGUCGUAUCCAAGGUGUCACUCCAACUGCUUGUCUAGAUAUUUUCCGAUAUGUCAAGUCUUUAAAUUCUGUUUAA